GUGCGAGCUCUACCGCUUGGAGUCUUGCCGGUAGCGCUGCUGAUUUGGCUUUAGACGGAGCGUGCUGCUGUGCAGGACGAACUGCUGGUUUUGUCGCUUGCUAGAAGACGCUGCAAACAUGAACGCUGUUGUGUUGGAGACUAUUCGUCGAAGACGGUAUGCAGUCGCUAUGUUUUUGCUCAUAGACUUGAUGAGACGAAAUAGUGAAAGAAAAUUGAAACGUAGAAUAUGGAGUCGGCCUUGGUUGCUGCGGCGAAACAUGAGUCAAAGUGUUUUAACCAUGUUGUUCGAGGAGCUAGGCCCUGAAGAUCCUGCAUCGUUUUCGAACUAUACCCGAAUAAAGGAAGAUGUUUUGAAUGAUUUGUUGCUUCUUAUUACUCCGUAUAUCCAGAAGCAGAAUACCGUAAUGAGGGAAGCAAUUUCACCUAGAGACAGAUUUAGUGCAACACUUCGCUAUUUAGCAACUGGCAAUACAUUUCAGGAUCUUGCCUACUCAACACGUAUUGCUCCAAAUACACUUUCACAAAUUAUAAAUGAAACUGUAGAGACUAUAAUCAAAGUACUUGAAGAGAAAGUUAUGGUGUUUCCAUCAACACCUGAAGAAUGGGAAUUUAUAGCUGACAAAUAUCAAUCUAAUUGGCAGUUUCCGCAUUGUAUAGGUGCUCUAGAUGGUAAACACAUUGUCUUUCAGCCUCCAAGAAAAGAGGGAUCAAUUUAUCGCAAUUAUAAAGGACAGAACAGCAUUGUUCUUCUUGCCCUUGUUGACGCCGAAUAUAAAUUUAUUUUUGUCGAUAUUGGCCGGAAUGGGCGAAUGCAUGACUCAGCUGUAUUUAGAGACAGUUGUUUGGGGGUAAAAUUAAAUUCAGAAUCGUUAAAUUUGCCUAUGCCAAACAGUCUGCCUGGAUUUUCUCAUAGGAUGCCUUACGUAAUUGUGGGCGAUGAUGCAUUUCCACUUAAACAGAAUUUAAUGAAACCUUAUCCAAAUCGCAGAUUAACUAUAGAGAAGAGGAUUUUCAAUUACAGAUUGAGCAGGGCAAGGAGAGUAGUGGAAAAUGCAUUUGGAAUACUCGCCAACAGAUUCCGUGUGCUUUUAAAUCCUAUAUUACUGUCAGUAGAAAAAGUUGAGGCUAUAACAUAUGCAUGCGUUCUUCUACACAAUUUCCUUCUAUCAAAAAAAUGUCAGUGGUAUGUUUCUUCUGAGUAUAGGAAUCCUGAAACUUUUCUAGACUCUGGUCUUGUAAGCAUUUCACAACAGUGUGGAAAUCGUUGCACCGAUACAGCUCGUGUAGUGCGUGAUAAUUUUGCUGAAUAUUUCAAUACUGCUGGAGUUGUAAACUGGCAGUAUGACGCAAUUGCAAAGGGAAAUGUUUAAGCUUUUGUUAAUUUUAUUGAAAAAACUUUUAAAAUUAAUCA